UUAGCUGGGCCACCCGCUGGAAGCUAGGAGGUAGGUACCUAGGUAGUACAUGUAGGACCCCUCAAUCUCGCAGCACUACCGAGGUACCUAUUUUCGAAAAGAAACGCCAGAUAACAACCCCGGCUCCACGGGAUAGAGAGAUCUCCGGCGACAAGCCUGCCAGCGUAGGGAGGAUGCCGCCGAAAUCUGUCCUCGUGACCGGUUGUAGCGAGGGAGGCAUCGGCGCCGCCCUGGCUGUCGAGUUCCAGGCUCGGGGUUGCCGGGUAUUCGCGACCGCCCGCGACCUGAGCAAGAUGCGGUCGCUCUCGCGCGACGGUGUCGAGAGGCUUCCCCUUGACGUCAACUCGGACGCGUCUAUCGUCGCCGCCGUCGAGUCUGUGCGCAAGGCCACCGGCGGGUCUCUGGAUUACCUCGUAAACAACGCCGGGGUAAACCACGUGAUGCCCUUCACGGACGCGAAAGUCGACGACCUGAGACGCGUCAUCGAGACCAAUGUUGUCGCCGUACUGGCCGUCACGCACGCCUUCCUACCGCUCCUGAUCGAAGCGAAGGGCGUGGUAGCCACCGUCGGCAGCGUUAACGAGGUCUUCUGCCCUCCGUACCAAGUGGCGUACAACGCGUCCAAGGCCGCCGUGCACGCCGCUAUGCGGACUCUCCGCGUCGAGCUCGCUCCGCUCGGCGUCAGCUUCGUCACCAUUAUGACAGGCAGCGUGCGGACGAAGCUGUUCGAUAAUGCGCCGACCAAGGUCCCCGAGGACAGCCUGUAUCACGCCGUAGCGGAGGACGUAGAAAGGCGGGCAUUUCUCAGGGAAGCCCAGUGGGUUGAACCCGAUGUGUUCGCCAAGCAGGUAGUCGGCGACUUGCUCAUACCGAAACCGAAGUCGAAUGUAUGGCGCGGCGGCAUGUCAACCAUCGCUUGGCUCCUCUCGUGGUUGGGGUGGGAGGGCAUGCUGGACGCUGCCUUGAUCCAAGGUAAUCAGCUCGGCAGGGUGCACCGCUGACGGUGAUUUGUCGAUUUGGCUUCCGUUGACGAAAGCCUCACACACCCGUUGGUGUCUUGUUCGGCCCGGAGUGUAAGUGUCUGUGUAUCCCAGUGCCGCGUACCAUCAUGACCACACCUCCGAUUGGAUUGGGAUAUUGUGUAAACGUGAUAAAAUUUGGAGCUACACACGAGAUUUCGGUGGCGCCGACACCUAGAAGUACAAAUUACGCCAAAUAUCUACCUACUCAGGAGAUUAAGCCCGACUCCCGGCACCCUAACGAUUCCAAGAACGUCCCUAGUCCCGGAAGCGGCCCGAUGUGUUCCACGUAGC